UAUGAACUUUCAACCAGCAGAUACGGGAGAAUACUUCCAACAAAACUGUAGGCUGAGUCGGAGCUACUGAAAAAUGAAGGUAUUCCUAAAUGGCGAUGCCUUUGAUCGAGGUAUAUAUACUUUGACCUUUCUACCUCAAUUGCCAUUAUCAUCACCAUCAAAACAAUCAAAUCAAGCAUUCUCACAAUAAUUCUCAUCUCUAAGCAUCAAAGUGUAAUAAAUCCCUCCUCUUUCUUCCAUUCUAUCAAAUCACCGAAUAUAUUCGCUUUACAUAAUAACCAGAACACCUCAACUUCAUAAUGCUUUUCACAACUUCCACGUUGGCCUUCGUCGCCGCAAUUGGCCUUGCAUCCGCCGCGCCCACACCAGCCGGUGGCUCCUCCGCUCCCAUGUCCUGCGCAGCUUUGUGGCCAGGAGUUCUCGAGGACAUCUGGAAAGGAAAGCCGCAAAACAUCGCUUUUAACACGCUAUCUCAGGACCCUUCCGAACCCAGCUAAGGUAAUUUCGGCAUGGGUGCAACAUGGAAUGGAACGGCAUGAACCUCGCGGGAAUACACCUAUGCAUCUUUUAAUAUCCAAGGUGAUGCAAAAAAUUGCGCACUUUAGGCAUCAUUUCGUGCGAGCAAAAAUGACUACGAGGUCAUUCAAGGGCCAUUGAACCCACAAGUCCAAACAUUCACUGCUUCCACACCCCUCGACUGCAGUGACCUCACAUUCUGGGAUGUUUUCCCUAUGAAUAGCGCACCCAAUGUCAAAGAAUUUGCAUCGACUACCUUAAAAGCUGGACAGAAAACUUACAUCGGUCCUUUUGACUGCUCUUCGGCCUCUAAGGCUGAGUUCAUCAUGGGACUCGCCAACUUGACCGGCCCAAAUGAGAACGAGGCUUCCGUUUACCAGUUUCGCGUCAACAAUACCGCUCCUCGACGCUAUGGAUUGGUAGUGACAUAUAGUACCCAGAUUUGCCUCUCAAACUUUUCAACAGGGCGUCGCAUUGGCCUUGUGAUUGGUCGUGGAGCCUGAUUUAGAGUGUGUUUUCUUUACUAGUUUUGUUUUUGAGCAUAGUGGAUUUGAAAGCGACUCAAUAUACCUAUUUUUGGAGUAUACAGCAUAGUACUGGUCGUGUUUAGUUAUUCCUUUUUGUACUUUGGUUCUGAGCAUAGUGGUGAUAGUAUUGGCGGGAUAUGGGACAGUUACAUUCAUUAUGAUCAUAAGGGACG